AUGGGUCUUGCAUGCGGGGCUCUUUGUUCUCGGGAGAGAGACAAAACCACAAAAAGUGAGGCAGAUUUAGCAGAGUUUGCUUUUUAUCAGCAUCUAGAAGAAACUAGAAGCCAAGGUUCUUAUCGAAGAACAGCUUGUAUGAUGGUAUCAAUUUGUUAAACAUCUAAUUAAGCCUAUUUCAGAGUUUGGUGGAUUGAUGAAUAGUGCAUCGAAUUAUUGGAUUAACAAAUAAUAAUAUCAAGUUUGUGGAAACAACAGGCCUAUGUUUACUUAUAAUUUAUAAAAUCGAAAUCUCUUAUUAAAAAUCGAUAAUUCCGUUUUUACCCUUCAGGAGAGAUAAUGUGCUAUCAGAAUUCAAAGAUGGUGGAGAAAGAAGCAAGAAAAGGCAAGAAAAACUAAAAAACAUUCAAAAUCCUAUGUGAAUCUUUUUUAUCGUUGAUUAUUUUUUCAAAUUCACUUCCC